CUCGUGCAGCGCCGCAGUCGUCGACGCGCCCUCGUAUCGAACACGCCGCGCGCACAUUGGAAUAGUCCUUUUAUUUAUUUCGUGUUUUUUUUUUCUGUUUAUUUACUUUUUUUUCGUUAUUUGUUUGACGUGCGACUUUGAAUCGUGUUUUGUGCAUUUUGCAUGCGCUUGCGUGCAAUAAAAAACUGCUCGACUACAGGGUAUCUGCUAGUCUCGCCUAUCGAUUGGCUCAACUUGAAGCUCGCGUUUUCACGUCCUCAUGUCAAAGUCGCCGUCAACAAAAUUUCACUUGCAGUUCAACAAAUAAUUUAUGCACAAUUGAGACAAUAAACAAAUAGAGAUUUGAGCGGAGAUCGUGGAACGUGGAACGUUGAAUACGGAACGCGGAACGCGGAACGUGGACCGGGGGGAUCGUGGAUCGUGGAUCGCGUGUCGCUGAAAUGUUUUGUGCGGCACAACAAAUUCAAAUUGGUUGCAGCGAAAGUGCGGCAACAACAUUAAUUAGGCAACAGUUGCAGUUGCAACCGUCGGUGGCGGCGUCGGCGGCGGCAGCGGCAACGGCAGCGGCAGCAACAGCAGUGGGAGCAGUAGGCGUGGCAGUUGUUGGUGCUCGCAACCAGCAUCAAUGUAGUCAAUUGGACACUUUGAGCGCUCCCAGAUGAACGAAUGGUGGUGAUCCUUCUACUAGCGCCAUGCACAUGCAGCCAAAGCAGCAGCAGCAGCAUCAGCACCACCAACACCACCACCAACACCACCAACAACAACAACAACAACAACACUCACAGCCACAGUCACGGCCACGAUCAGCUAAGCUCGAGCUGCAGCAGCCGCAGUCGAAGCAGCAGCAGCAGCAACAGCAAUGGCAAUCAAUCCUCGAACGCAUCCACUGGCAUUACGGCCAUACCGGCGAGCGUUUAUCGCACCACCCAGUUGCACCACUGGCCUAGUCAUAGUCAUAGCCAACAGUCUAAGCCUUCACCUUCGCCUUCGCCCUUCACACUGCCCCCUGCUGCUGCUGCUGCUGCUGCUGCUGUUGCUGCAAAUGUGGUGCCAAAGCCGCCGCGCAGCUACAACCACGCCCACUCGGCGGCACCACUGGUGUUACGCAUCUAUGCGCAGCCAGCAACAGGCCAAACACUGCCAGAGGCUCAGCCACCACAGACACCUGCCAGCUACACUACUAACCACCAUAGGAAGCGAGAGAGAGACAGAGAGAGGGAGAGGGAUAGAGAGAGAGAGAGGCCAGGCGCUGGUCGGCAUCGCCAUCCGCAUCGCACCACCGACAGCGCCGACUAUGUGCGUCACGUGACCCGCGUUAAUUUCUACGACGUUGAUACUUCGCAGGUCGAAUUCGAGCCCAAAGACGACGACGAGAGCAACGAGGCAACAGCUAACAAUUGCGAUACAGAAGCUAUAACCAAAGAAGGUGAGUGCCACAAAAAUUAUCAUAUAUCAUAUAGAAUAAGAGUAUAUCAUAAGAAAGGGAGGGAGAGAUAAAGGUAAAGGCCUUAGGCCUAAGGCCUUAAGGUUGCGAUAAAGGAACAGGAAAGGGGCGGAU